AUGGCUGAAAUGAAACAUUACAUUGGCGACGAGGAGAAACCAGUGUUCAAUGGGCUCGGAAAAUUAAAGGAUAAGCAAAUCAAAUUCCAUAUAGACGAAAGUGUAAAACCUACCGCCCAGCCAGCUAGACGCAUUCCGUUUCACGUCCGUGAUAAAGUUGCACAAGAGCUCGAGAAACUUGAAAAACUUGAUGUAAUUGAAAAAGCCACAGGUGCGACACCCUGGGUCUCGAACUUGGUCGUUGCUCCGAAACCCAAGUCUCCGAAUGAUAUCAGAAUUUGUGUAGAUAUGAGAAAAGCGAAUCUAGCAUUAAAGCGUGAAAGACAUGUCGUGCCUACAGUGGAUGACAUAAUAAUGGAACUAAAUGGCUCCACCGUGUUUUCAAAGGUGGACCUUUACAAAGGGUUCCAUCAGCUCGAACUUUCCGAGGAAUCAAGAAACAUGACCGUGUUCGCAAGCCAUGUUGGACUUUGGAGGUACAAACGGCUAAAUUUCGGUGUAAGUGUAGCCCCAGAAAUUUUCCAAAAUGAAAUACGGCAAGUAAUAAAUGGAUUAAAUGGUGUGCUGAACAUUUCAGAUGACAUAAUCAUUCAUGGGAAAACGCAAAUACAUCAUGACUCGAACUUAGAAGCACUUCUGCAACGGCUACAAGACAGAAAUCUGACACUCAACAAAGAAAAAUGUGAAUUUGGAAAAAGCAAAAUAAAAUUCUUCGGAUAUGUCUUUUCUGAAUCGGGAAUAUCACCAGAUCCUGAGAAAAUCACUGCUAUCAAGAACGUUGAAAGCCGAAAAAUCAGGGCGAGGUUCGAUCUUUCCUUGGAAUGA